AAUGACUCCUGUGUGCAGCAAUGCAUUGCAAAGCUUCAGCUUCACCCACAGCAACCCACAGCUGUGCGGAAAUGACACAGCAGGCCAGUACCGUCACGUCACGCGAGAGGGCACUAGCAGGAAAAAAACACGGCGGCGAUCGAGAAACACGGACAACAGUUACCCGUGGACAAAACCACAGGGAUAAUCACAGCGGACAUGUUUAACACGCCUUAAACUAUUGCAGAAGGCUGCAGAGAAACACAGAGGAUAUGAAUGUCAUCAAGCAUGAAGACAACGUAGAGAGAGAGAUGCUUGAGAAAGGAGGAAAAACAUCAAAAGAAAUUAAGACAGAGGAAGAUUCAGAAAUACUACAAGGCUGUCAUGGGACUUCAGAAACUGCUGUGGGAAAGUCCCUGGGUGCCGCCUUAGACGGCAUCUCUACAUGCUCUGAAGCCCAGCAAGACUCAGAGGAUAUGAGUAUAAACACAGACCAACCUAUAAGCAGGAAGAGGGUCAAACUUGCCAGUGAGGUUGGGGAACAUGUGCAAGAGAAAGGGUGUGAAGAAUCCACAAUGUCGCCACUCCAUAGCCUUACGUCUGACAAGAAGGAUGCUGCCCAGGAGAAGACCAUUGCCUCAUACAGGAAACCUCUGUACAGCAUCUCCCAUCGCAUUACAGAGAAGAAAGCUGCUUCAAGUCUGGACCAGCAUGGACAGCAUGAAGCAGGGGUUCGGUUGAACAGUAUCCUGUUACCUAAACUGUGCAGUUCGGGGCCGAAUAACCGGUGUGAGUCAAGCCUCACCCAAGGGGGUUCAGCUGCUGCUACCCCAACAGACCCAAACCUCUACCCUUUGAUCGAGAAAAUGUUCUUCAUUCUCAACACACUGAACACAAGCAUGACUCAGCUGCACAGCAAAGUGGACUUGCUGUCUCUCGAGGUUACGCGUAUAAAGAAACAAAUCAAACCCUCUGAAAUGGCAAUGGAGUUCCAGCCCCCGCCAGAAUAUCAGCUAACAAGUGAGGAGCUUGCUCAGCUGAUGGAGCAGACGUCCACUGCUGGGGAGCUCGGGUGCAGGCUGCUGGUCCAGCUGUUUCCUGAGCUGUUUACAGCCAAGGAUGGUAGUCAUGGCUGCGGCGCCUGUGGUAUAGCUGGCAAAAGGACUCUUGACUCCCUUCACCUUCAGCUCAUACGCAACUAUGUGGAAGUCUGCUACCCGCUGGUAAAGAACAGCAAUGUUUGGCAGACGGAGUGCCUCCUACAAAUUAAUGACUUUUUUAAUCGUUUCUGGGCCCAAAAGGACAUGGAAAAUGGCCAGCCUCAUGGCAAACAGACUCCAGUUGGCCUUGGCUUUGAGGUAGACCAGAGUCAGCCUUGCCAUUUCAUCAAUGAGGAUGGACAGGAUGAGAGACUUUCAGUGUCCAGUGACAACAGCAAUGGUCCCCUUAACAUCUCCUCAGACCUCAUAUUGGAUUCCCAGGAGGUGGGGGAGGAACUUGAUGACCUCUCUUCCCCUGAUGACUUUGUCAUUUUGUUGUUAAAUAGGCUUUUCCCAGAGAUCUUUGAGGAGGGCAAAUUGCCCGAGGGUUACAGUGGUUGUAACAGCAUCGGGAAGUUAUUACUGGACUCUGACAGGUUAGAGAUCAUUCGCAAGUAUAUGGAAGCUAAUUUUCCUGAUAUGCCUGAGGACACAUGGCUACAGAUCUGUAUUCAGCGAAUGGAAGAAGCACUGGAGGCAAUUCCAGGAAAUGGAAAUGACCUGGACAACAUGCAGGAUGAGAGCUUUGACACAAAUCUGCCAGACGAUAUUUCUAUUGUUAAAAUCAGUGAGUUUGGUGAUUUUGAUCGUCCAAAUCGCAGGACUAAAAAAUCAUGGUUGGCACCCAUGGAUUUUGACACGCUUGAGAUGCCUCUUCCUGAUUUUGAUGUACCACAGGAAUAUCUCCUUACAAAAGAGCAGCUUAAGAAUAACUAUGAUUGUAGCUUGUCCAUAGGGAAUUUUGCUUCCCGCUUGCUUGUUCUUAUGUUUCCAGAGUUGUUCACGUAUGAGAAUGCACGAAAGCAUUACAACUGUAGUGGUACCUUAGGCAAGAAGCAGCUUGAUCCAAUUAGGAUCAGAUUGAUCCGUCAUUAUGUUCAGCUGUUAUACCCCCGGGCCAAGAAUGACCGAGUGUGGACCCUUGAGUUUGUGGACAAAUUAGAUGAGCGGUGCCGGCGGAGGGACACGGAGCAGCGCCGCUCAUACCAACAGCAACGGAAAGUUUUUGUUCCGAAAUCGGAGCAAGAGUUUGUAACUGCCAGCCAAAUAAGCCAACUGACCUCUGAGCGCCUGAAAGAGGACUACGAAAUGCCACCUGUUCCCCCUGAAAAAAGUAGCAAAGACUUUUGCAAGAUCCCUCUGGAAGAGCUUGCCGUGCCUCCUCCUGACUUUCCUGUGCCUUCUGUGUACCUGCUGUCAGAUUCUGAGGUGAGGGAGAUUGUUCAGCAGAGUCUUUCAGUGGGGAACUUUGCCGCCCGCUUGCUAGUGCGUCUCUUUCCAGAGCUCUUUACCCAGGAGAACCUGCGGCUUCAGUACAAUCACUCUGGCGCCUGCAACAAAAAGCAGCUGGACCCGGUCCGUCUGCGCUUGAUUCGCCAUUACGUAGAAGCUGUGUACCCAGUGGACAAGAUGGAAGAGGUGUGGCACUAUGAGUGUGUUCCGAGCAUCGAUGAGCGUUGUAGACGGCCUAAUCGGAAAAAGUGUGACAUUCUAAAGAAGGCCAAGAGAUCGAGCACUGUGUCAUACUCUUAACACCUCUCUACAAUGUCUUGUUUUUGUAUUUCUCACAAACAUGUAUUAUUUGCACAAGUACCUAAGCUGAAGAUUAUAGUUAAACUUUUACAAAAUGUCCAUGGCGAGGACCAAGUAUGUAGAAUGAGGCCAAGCUGAUGGUCCGUCCUCUUACAGGAUGUGUUGUAAAAAUGUAGCUGCCGCACCAGACAGUAUAGCUUCUUAACAGGGCUUGAAAUUAACUUUCUGAUUUGCCUUUCACAGUCUGCUACUUAUCAGCCACUCACAUCAGUUGACAUGUAAAUGGCAUAGAGUGGCAAAUCAUGUUUCAUCUUCAAAACAAUUUAGUUAGCAGCAGGUAGGGAAUUGCCACAUCACUGGUAACACUGCAGUAUUGGUAAGUGGAUGUUAAUUUCUAGCCCUGGUUUAUAAUCACUAUCCUUUGGUAGUGAGAGGGUAGUACUUAUUUAAAUGCCAAAAUAUUACUGUUGUAAUUAUAAUUUUUAACAUGUUGAUAAGCUAUUGUAGCCUUAACAGAAAAACAUGACAUUAACACUAAUGCAACAAAAUAGGUCACAAACAAGGUUUUAAAAGCUGGCAACAAACUGAUUUCUAAUUUAGAUGUAGCAGUGUUCCAGUACUCGUCUUUUGUAACAAAGAUGUUAUGUCAUAAAAUGGUAAAUGGUCCCUUAAAUCUGUAUUUAACUAUUGCAACAGGUGGUCACUCUAUUUUUAAAUAAAUAAGCAACAUUACAAUGUAAAAUUAAAGAUGUUAUUUUAUUCCA